AUGUUCGAGUCAAAACAGAUGCUCGUACUACGUUAAAUUAGUUUUUCAAAAUUAAAACAAGACCAAAGCAUAAUACAACAACGUUUAGAAAGCUUGCAGCGCGACCGCUAUAUUCUCCUGAGUAGUCGUAAUACUGUGCAAAUAGAAUCGAUACAUGUAUUGGUAUUUACUUUCGUUGCAGAUUAAAUAAACAAAAGUUUUUUUGGAUUUUUUUAAUUUUUUCGAACAUUUUGUAUCCUUCGUUAGACUGCCGCUGAUGUAGCGCUUACUUAAAUUGGAAUGUCGGAAAAAAUGCGCACCUUGGUAUAUAAUUUUGGAUUAUCCGUAGUGACGAUUUUAAUCACGUUUUGGUUUACAUGUGGAUGGAUGCUAACAUGGAUGCUAUGGUAUAAACUUUUGUUUACUAACUAUUUCUGGGUAUCUCUCGCACUUUUGUUGUGGACAGUUUUGGACAAAGCUCCAAACCGAGGUGGCCGGCUUUAUCGACCACUGAGGAAAUUAAGUAUUUUCAAAUUAUGGAGGCACUACUUUUCCCUGAAAGUGCAUAUUGUCUCCCCAUCCGAUAUUACUCCAGACAAAAAUUACAUCUUUGGAUACCAUCCCCACGGCUACGUCGGAUUCGGAUGUCUGUGCUGUUUUGCAACGGAAGCCGUAGAUAUUAGCAAGAAACUUCCUGGAAUGCGCUUCACGCAAUUAAGUACUCGUCUGGCCUACAUCCAUCCGAUUUUCCGGGACUUCUUGAUGCUUCUAGGAAUUGCCAAUGCAUCAGAAGAGAAUAUUCGGUACAUGGCUAACAAGGGCACCGGAAAUGCCAUGGUGCUGGUCAUCGGGGGAGCAGCGGAGACGCUGGACGCUCGACCAGGAAUGCACAGACUGGUGCUAAAAGACAGGAAGGGAUUUGUGCGAACGGCUUUAAAAACCGGCUGUCACCUUAUUCCCGUUUACGGCUUUGGAGAAAAUGAUAUCUAUGAUCAAGUAUUUAACAAUCCCGUCGGAUCCCGGUGGAGAAAAGUUCAGCGAUGGGUCCAAGCAAAAACUGGAGUUCCUGUAUUAGUUUAUGUUUAUGGAUCACUCAAAAUACCUUUCUGGUAUCCUUAUCGCAGGCCUAUCAACAUUGUCGUGGGAAAACCAAUUCCUGUGCCACAUAUUUCUCACCCGACCGAACAACAAAUCGACAAGCUUCACCAGCAGUACAAAAAAGCUCUACGGGAUCUUUUUGAUACGCACAAAGGACUGUAUGGACAUGCUUGCAGCGAAAUUGAAUUUAUUUAACAAAUGCAGACCUUUGUAUGACUGUACGCUAGUCAACGAUAUCAUGAUAUGGCCAGCGCGCAGUGAUGUUUUUGCAUCGCAAACAAGCAAACGCAGUUAAUUAAAAACUGUUUAUUACUAAAAUCAAAACUGUUUGAUACUAUUACUAAAAAAUUUUAUUUGUUUGUUUUGUGCGGUUUGUUUUGUACAAACACCAAUAGUUAGAGAUAAAUUAUAAGAGUGGAAUAA